AUGGGUCUGGAAAUGUUGGAAGAAUUUCGAUCAAUUACGCCAAUCAAACAAAGCAACGUUUCUGCUACAGCUACAAAUACUACUACUACAACAUUGAAUCAACACUUAGAAGAAGAAGUAUCAGAUCUAGAAAGAAGAAUGGAUGAUGAAGAUUACAGCUACCGGACACCACCGUCAUCACCUUCCAGAAGCUCCUUCAAUUUGGUUUGUCCACCACCUCCAAGGAAACGACGACGGUUACCAGUUGCGUCUUCUCAAUCUCAAGGGAUGAAAUUCUUCCAAGGUGUACCAGACGAUCUAGCUUCUAUCUUUCUUCUGCGCGCCAAACCUGCAACACCUUCACACCAAUUCAAGCGACUUACUGCCUAA